AAGGGAAAAUGAAAGAGAGAGCAGGAGAAACAGGUCCCAGCCACCUCUCAAGGUCCCUCGCUCAGCUCUGACACCUCGGCUCCAGCCCCAGGGUGAGUGGGGUCAGGUGAGGGUUUGGGGGCACAGGGGCCUAUGUGAGAGGGGCAGUGGGGGUUCCCAGGAGAUUUGGGGACUGGAAGCAGAGGUCCCCAGGGAGGAGAGCGAAGGCCUGGGCCCGCGUUCCCACCGCACUGGGGUAGGAGUGCAGGGACACCUCCAACAAGGACCCCGUGAGAGUUGUGGAAGUAGGGGCUACUUUGUGUCAGCCUCCCAACCUGAGAGGAGUUCACCGCAGUAAAAAUGGUGAGAGAAAUGGUGGAGGAGUCGUCUUCCUGGGUCUGCCGCUCCCUCCUCUCCCAGCGGCACCAAAUUGGGCCUGGAGUCCCGGGUUCGAGGCCCCACUCUGCCCGUGGCAAGCACCCUUGGCAGUGAGGUCCCUGCUGAGUGUCUGCUUCUACCAGGCAAGUCAGGGAUUGGCCCUGCUGAUCCCUGACGCCCCUUCUAGAAUCUGGAGGCGCAUAGGGUCUAACCAAGCAGGCUGGGGGCGUGUGGCUAGGUCGGGGUGGGGCUCCUCCCCACCCAGCACCGUCGGCCCAAAGGGAAGGGAACCCAGGGUUGAGAAUUACCUGAUACACUCGCCCUCAAGUUAGAGGUCUAACUGACCCCACCCCGAUGGCGCGGGAGGGGUGGGGGUCCCUGACCUACCCCAGCCUCUGACCCCGCCCUGUGUCCCCAGCGCCAUGGGGGAGUGGGCGUUCCUGGGCUCGCUGCUGGACGCCGUGCAGCUGCAGUCGCCGCUCGUGGGCCGCCUCUGGCUGGUGGUGAUGCUGAUCUUCCGCAUCCUGGUGCUGGCCACGGUGGGCGGCGCCGUGUUCGAGGACGAGCAGGAGGAGUUCGUGUGCAACACGCUGCAGCCGGGCUGCCGCCAGACCUGCUACGACCGCGCCUUCCCGGUCUCGCACUACCGCUUCUGGCUCUUCCACAUCCUGCUGCUCUCGGCGCCCCCGGUGCUGUUCGUCAUCUACUCCAUGCACCAGGCCAGCAAGGAGGCGGGCGGCGCGGAGGAGGCGGCGGCCUGUGCCCGCGGGCGGCCCGAGGGGCCCUGCGCCCCCUGCGCCCAGCGCGCCCGCCGCGCGCGCCGCUGCUACCUGCUGAGCGUGGCGCUGCGCCUGCUGGCCGAGCUGGCCUUCCUGGGCGGCCAGGCGCUGCUCUACGGCUUCCGCGUGGCCCCGCACUUCGCGUGCGCCGGCCCGCCCUGCCCGCACACCGUCGACUGCUUCGUGAGCCGGCCCACCGAGAAGACCGUCUUCGUGGUCUUCUACUUCGCCGUGGGGCUGCUGUCGGCGCUGCUCAGCCUGGCCGAGCUGGGCCACCUGCUCUGGAAGGGCCGCCCGCGCGCGGGGGAGCGCGACAACGGCUGUAGCCGCGCGCACGAGGAGGCGCAGAAGCUGCUCCCGCCGCAGCCGCCAGCCCUGCCCUCCCGGCGCCCCGGCCCGGACCCCUACGCCCCGCCCGCCUAUGCGCACCGGGGGCCGGCCGGCGACGAGGGCGGCAGCGGCCGCGGCAAGGCGUCGCUGGCCACUAGCCGCCAGGACCUGGCCAUCUAG